AUGGGUCGUGUGUGGGCUCAGAGCAUGAUCCUGGAGAUCCAAGGAGGGAACCUGAUACUCACAGACACUGAAACCAAGGUGAGCAGGAUAUGAGAGCUGAAAGGGGUGAGAAAGUGAAACUCAAACUUGAUGAGAAUUGACUCCUUCUGACACAGGGGUGGACAAAUGUGCACUAAAAUAAUCAGAUCAAUAUUACAAUAAAUGAGACAUUCUGUCAUAUCAUCAGAUAACAAAUCAACAGAGAUCCUGGGAGAUUUUGGAGUGCUGUAUUUGAUAGCGCCACGAGACAAAAGCAUGAUAUUAUAACCUUGUCAUGGUGUUACCUUUGGGCUUAGGACAAUCUCUGUAAGUUUAGUUGAGAAAUGGCAAAUAUGCCAAUUGGUGUACCCCAAGGUACAAUCCUGGGUCCUUUUAUUUUUUACUCAUACAUGCUACAGUCACAGGCUUUUCCCUUUGUUGUAUAGUUUUUCUUUUACUAUUUUUGUCUAUGAAAGAUACCAUUGGCGAGGACUGUAGUUCAAACAGCCUCCCAGCAGCCUAUUAGUAAAUAAAUUUUAGAAAUUUCAAUGUUUGAAAAGUUAAUUUUUUGUUUUAAUUUAUCUGUGUGUUGUUGACCCAUCAAAAGGUAGUUUAUCUCAUAGUUUACCAAGUGUAUGUGUGUCAGUACAAGUAAAAAUAUCUUAUUGAAUUUAAUUUAAAUCUAGAAAAAAAACAUUAUUUCUAAAUAUUCCAGGACAAAAGUAAGACUUGUUGAUUUUAAUGAGGAAGAAUAGCUGCCAAUGCCAAGAUUUUUAAGAUAAUCAUAAUAUUUGUUUAAAGAAACGAGUUGCAGUGGCAGCCACUUUUAAUCAUUAAAAUCAUUUAUAUCCUUCGUUUUUUUUUUAAACCCUUUGAAUGAGACAUUUCAUGUGGAAUUGUUAGGUGAUAUAGUGACUCACAUUGAGCGUGAUAAGGUGUUUUGACCAGAAAUUAGACAUAUACAGUCAUAUGCAGUGAAGUGAGUUCAUUGUAUGUUGUUUUUUUGCAUGUACCUUGUGAACUUUGCUCAAAUGUAAAGAUAAUAUUUUUUUUGGUUAUUUAAGAUUGUUUCUCAUGCUCUCUGAGUUGGUAACAUCUCCAAUGUCUUAUAAUUUCACUUUUUGGCUACCCGGAUGAGGUUGUCUGGGAGCAGGUAUGAAGAACUGGCCAUUAUGUUUUUAUUCCUGCCUUAAUAUAACGAUAAUCUUACGUAAGGUCAUUGUUCAUUAUACAGCAGUUAACCACAUGUUUGGUUUUUUAUAGUGGAUUCUGUAAACUUCACAUAUAGUUAGUGUUUUAACCUCUAUGCAGAUGACAUACAUUUCUAUAUAUGAGAAUAUAAUCCCAAGAAAUACAGCAGAAACUAUUUUGAGCAUAUUCUAUAUCACGCUACGAUCAAUAGAUACAGUCCCUAUUGGCCUUGAGAAACACCUCUACCCCAUAACGGAUGAGGGUGACUCAAGGAUGUUGGUACAUUUUAUUGGAAACGCAAGAGACUUCAAAAUGAGAAACAUAAGACAUUCAAAGGAUAGGUUACCUCUCCUCAUCCGUGAAGUCUGUUUUUUUCAAGUCUUGUGUAUAAAAACAUCCUUGUUGUGUUUUUCAGGAGGAGCUGGAGUCUUUGGCUCUCAGUGACAUCCUGGAGCUAAAUGCUGUACCGGACUCUGAAGCGAUUCACUCCCUGCUUACACUUUCAGUCCAGCAGAGGGGAAAACACACCACCACUGUCUUUAUGUUUCAGAGUGAAGACGUGAGGGUGAGGACAAACCCAUGGAAAAUGCUGAUAACCACCACUUCAUUAAAGUGAAGAAACUGAUUUAUUUUUUUCUAUUGUUAUAUUUAACAGGCUGACAUUGUUCAGAGAGAUUUUGCACAGGCUCUUUCACGCAGGGGAGAGGAUUCAAGCGUCCAGUAAGUUUUCAAAAAAUUGUGAGAGCAAAUAUCACCACUUUUGACAAUUCUUCUGUAACAUGCUUCUUACACCUUUAGAAGCAGUAAUGCAGGAUCUGUUGCUGGAUAUGUUGGAAUGAAAAACCUUCAUAAUGUUGCAAAAUCUGCUGAACCUGAAGAGGAGAGCCAGUCAGUCGAGUCAGUGCCAGCUCCAGACUAUGGUGAGUUUGUGACAGGAGAAAUAGACCUACUGCACUGAUCAAGAGUUGGUCAAAAUUGACACAAAGUCUCCUUUGAACUUAUAGAGGAGGAUGAGGUCUCAGAUCUAGAGCUGGACUUAUCUCUAGAAGAGGAAGAGGAGCAGGAGACACCAACACCAACACCUGAGCCUAUGAUCACUGAAGAACCGCUGGCUAUUCAACGCCCUUACACAGAACUGGAGAGGAACGUAGUGAGUAUCUUUUUAUCUUUAAACCAGGAUGAAUGGUACUUCACAGUUUAAACAAGAAACACAUGAAAAUGGUUUUCCACUUCCUCCACAGGACAUCUUGAAUCAUACAGUCAGCGACAUUGAGAUCUUCAUUGGAAAAAUAGCGGCAGUAACAGCUAAAAAUGCAAAGAAAAAGAAGAAAAAGAAAGGGAAAGGUACGUUCAUGGAAAAUACAAUGAACAGACUGUUUAAUUAAAACGUACACACUGUUUUUGCAGAAAUACAGUAACUGUGUCUUUGCAUUUAUUUUGAAUUUGUAGCUAUGGAUGACAUGCCUCCUGCUGAAGAGUUUGCAGAGUGUCUCCACAAGAUCAAAUGUGGUUUCAACCUUGUGGUAUGUGCCUUUAAUUCUAUUUACAAACUAUGAUUAUGAUCAAGGUUAUAACUCUUCUUGUUUGGCGUUCAAUCAAUUUAACAUUUUUGCUGCUGUGGGUGAUUUAGUGAAUAAAGUCUGUUUGUUUUGACAGGCGGAGCUCAACGGGGAAAUUGAUAAUCCCAGUGCCCCUGAAUUUGUUCACUCCUUCUUCUCAACGUUGGGAUUUGUAAGUCACUGCAUGUUUGACAUUUUUUGAAAUGGUUAAGCUAGUUGUAUCUUAAAUAACUUGUAACAACAUGUACAGAUUUACUGUAAAAGUUACCGGAGGGGUCAUGCAUUUAUUUGGAGUUAUGUUUUACCUGAUCAGGUGGUGUCUCACUGCCCUGAGGGUCUGCCACAAACCAUUGUGGCACCUCUGCUGACCCCUGUGUGCAUCCGUCUGAUGAGUGAAGAGGCCUCCGCAGAGGAGGACCAGCUGUGGCAAUCUCUGGGAGAUGCCUGGAACAUCCCCAGGUGGGACCCUGUGCAGUAUGGGAGUGGCUGAAUCGUUCAUGGUCUAGAUGAGAGUAUAAGAGUAUAAGUUUCAUGUCACAACAUCUCUGCAGUGACAUUUUGUUCAAGAAUGUAAUUAAGUGCAGGUCCAGGGUACUUGUGCUAGAGUUGAGUUUCCACUGAGUGCUUAUGUAUUUUCUUUACUCUGCUACAAACUCAGAGGGAUAAUUAUGGCGCUUUUUUGCAGCUUAAAACUUUUAGGGCAAUCCUGGCCAAAGUGUUCUUUAACGAUAAAAACUGUCAUAAAAAAAAAAAAAGAAAAUCUUUAAGUUUCUAUAUAUUAAUAAUGAUUAAACCAUGGUUUUUGACCUUUUUAGUUAAUAAAAUUUAUUUUCUUACACAAAAAUCUGAAAAGAGUUCUGGAUCAUUGACAGCUUUUCUGGGAGUCGUCAGAAGUUGAGCCAAAAUUAAACCUGCCCUCUAAACUUCUUGGAUGUUUGAGUUUAAGACCAAUAUAGAAAAUUACAGCGAAUUGUGCUGUUGCUCUUUAACUUAAUCUCCUUCCCCUAAAACCUAUUUAUCACGUGACCCUAUAGGCUGGUGUCACUUGAUUAAACUACCCAAGGUUGGAGGGAGGCUAAUAUUAGCUCAAUGCAAUAUAGCCACAACAGUGAAUGUUGUUGAUGCCAACUUUUUUGCAGGAUUAAUACUUAUGUACAUUUAUGUAACGAUGAUUUUAAAAGCUAGAGUUAGCAACAAUCAGCUGUGCAUCUGUAGUAAUAGAUUUCUUUUAUCUUAAAUUAUCACCAGUACUCAAUGGCCUGAAGAUGAUGAGGACAUCCCAACAUACACUCUGCAGUUCACUGAUGGCUGGCAGCCCCCAGAAGUGUCCACAGCACCUGAACCUAUGACACCUGAAUGGAGACAGGAGAGUCCAAAACCUGCAUCUGACCAGGUACCCAAUUAACAAAAAAAAUCUAGCAUGAGACGGGUGUGAAAGGACAACUACGAUUAAAAGAUGAUAAAUCACUGCAUGCAUCUGUUCUUUUUCUGUUUAGACGGCGACAAAGUGGAAACCAGCUCCUCCCCCACAGAAAGCACGGUAAAUAUAGAAGCACCAAACACAAAAUUAAAGGUCAUGUGAAAUUAUUUUUAAACUAAACAAGCUUUGAUGUCCUUUGAUGCAUUUUCCAGCCCAGCUGAGUCAAAGGGUCCCAUGCGAGUUAUGUCUGACUUCAUCUCAAGAAACCACCGAGAGCUCACUGUCAAAAAGGGAGAAACAGUUCAGGUGAGAACCACUGACAUGAUCCAGCACUCACAUGAUCCGCUUUUUUUUUUUAAAUCACUCCUCCGGUCUUUACUGCAUUUUUGUGUCAACAUUUCCAGCUACUGGACAAGUCGAAGAAGUGGUGGAAGGUGAGGAACAGUGGAGGGGAAGAGGGCUUUGUCCCCCAUAAUGUCCUGGAGGCUCACGAUGAGGCGGCCCUGGAGGUGGGUACUACAAAUUUUACAUCAUAAGGCUUUAAGUCAGAAUAAUGGGGCAACAAACUCACACUGCUCCUCAAAGCUUUCAAACUGCAUUUUGGUUAAUAGACAUCCACUACUCACUGCUUUUAACUACGCGCCAGUUCUUGAUGGUUCUGACCUUUGGGCUGACAUUUACCAAAUUAUAGUGGAAAAAAAAUAUCUCCACAGCAGAAUGAAAUUUAUUGAUCACAGAGUGAAACCUGUGACUUAUUAAAUGUAUGUUUGGAGGCUGUAUUGGCAAACUAAAUGAGAACUAACAUGAGACAUGAGACAGCAGAAUCUUUCUCGAUGACUAAUAUUAACCUUUCCUGUAUUUACCAUUGUUCAGUUUUCUCGGCAGAAUGGAGGCCCUCCUGUCCUGACCAUGAGAUCCAGGCCUGCAGAAGUGAAAGCCUGGCUGGAGGACAAGGGCUUCAGUAAGAUGUAAGGAUAUACAGUUAUUAGAUACCCACUAAGCAAUAGACGUCAGGUUUUUUUUAGACCUAAUUUCAACCGUCUAGAUUCUGUAUGUUUUUAGACGGAAUUUAGACGUUGCACUUUAACCCAUUACUUGAGAAGUGUUUAUUUCAAAAAGCAAGUGUGAGUUGCAUAACUGAUCUCCAAGUACUUAACCAAAAUAAUUAUGAUAGCUGUUGAGCAAUACACAGUGUAGUAUAGAUAUAGCCCAGAUUUAGAUUUAGUCUAAACUUGGUCUAAACUUAGACGUCUAAAAAACUUUCAUUUUUAGAACUGUGGUUGCCUGGUUUUAGACCAGUCAUCUAGGCUACAUUAAGACAUCUAUUAGACCUCUUUAGACCAAAAAAUACUCAGUGGGGACUGUAUAAGCAAAAUCGACUUAAAUCUAUGAAGAAAAGUAUAAGAGGUAAACUGUAUAUUAAGAUGUGAACUCCAGGUGACAAUCUAACCUGCUGUUAUGUAAUCCCAUCGGUCUUUGCCAAUGAUUUUGUAUGUAUGACUGAAUGUAGAAAUACAAUAAUAGAACCUGCUGCUUUACCGAGUUUGGAUUAUGUCAUUUCUCUCCAUCAAUGUUAGUUAACAUGCCUUCUGUUUCCUCUAUUGAUGAACAAAGACACCCAGAAGAAGACUUUAAAAUGUGUCAGUUAAUUGGCACAAUUAAAGAUCCUCAAUUGUCGGUGUGAUACUCAAGUCUGAUACUCAAAGGAAAAUCACAGAUUUAACCCACUAGGAGUCACUAGAGGUAUUGUUCAAGAUCGAUAGACACUAAACGUCACACCUUACAAAGAAAAAAUUGAAAUUCAUAGUUCAUCCUUGGCAUCACUUCCACCCACUGUGGGCCACUCACAUAUUAAGCAUUUGAGUUGCUUUCAGUUUCUUCAUCUGUUAAUCUUUGCAGUCUCUUUCAAACUCUUUUCAACCAAAAAUACAGGAAUAUGGGACAUGUAUGGUGAGGGUAAGGGUAUUAGGUAGCUUGAAAAUAUUUUCAUGGACCAAAGGAGGGUCCUGCAGAAGAACUUUGGGAACCAUUUCAUGACAUACCCCAGACCUGAUUUACAGCAGAUAAAUGCGUCUUUCAUUCUGUCAGCACUGUGCGCUGUCUGGGUGGGCUGAGCGGCUCCAUGCUGCUGGGAAUGACCAGAGAGGAACUGAAGCAGGUGUGUCCAGAGGAAGGAGGGCGGGUCUUCUUCCAGUUACAAGCAGUCCGCUCUGCCUUAGCCGUAAGUGACACAACACAGUCCAACUUUACGCCAUUUAUCCAUAUGAUUUAUUGGAAAUCAGGCCAAUAAAUGUUGGUGUAAUAUUAAUGACUUUAUGACUGUUCUGUUUCAUUUCUGCAGGCUGCUAUUCAAAGAUAA